AUGAAUUACAUUAAGUUAAUUUUGUUAGUGAUAUAUUUUAACUGUGUGGUUGGUCGGCGUAUUAGUAGAAAUGGAACUGUUUAUGAUGAUGAAAAUAGUACUGAGAUAUCAAAAUCAAUAUGCCACUACUCUGACCCCGAUAUCGCGAACUGCAUCCAACGCGUGGCCGAACAAGCGAGGCACCUCCUCGCGCAAGGAGUGCCCUCCCUGAACAUCCAGCCGCUGGAGCCGCUGAAGGUGCCCAGCAUCAGGCUGCGGCAGCACAACAUGCCUAAGAACAGCUUCAAGUAUGAUGCUUGGCUCUCCGAUGUAGCGCUUGAGGGUCUUACCAAUUAUAGCUUUAACAAGUUGGACGUAUAUCCAGAGGAGUUGAAAGUGACAGCUAACAUCAGUUUGCCACACUUGAUGAUGUCGGGUGACUACGUGGUGCUCGGAGACUUCCAGAUGUUACCCGUUGAGUCUACCGGCAAGAUGGCUGCCAACUUCACACAAUGUACGGCAGCUUUAGAAGCAUUCGGAGCGAGAGUGCACAAGAGGAUGUUGAUCAAAGAUGCAAAUGUGCACCUGAGAUGCACCGGGCCUUUAGAUGCAAACCUCAUGGAAGCACACUCUACUACUGGGGAAAUGGAAAUGAUAACGGACCACAUAGCACAAAUGCACUCGAUGGAGAUAGCUAAAGAGGUGCAGCCUGCCGUGGAGACAGCUCUCGCGAUGGUGCUGGAAGAUAUCGCCAACAAGUUCCUCAGGCAUAUUCCACCAGACAUGGUCUUCGCUAACUAG